GUCCGAUCGAGAGUAUGAUGACCAACAGCCAGGUAGCUGUGGACUCAUUCAUGUGUCUGGGUGCUCUGUCUUACAACCACACCAAGGAGCGCCUUCUGCUGAUGUACAAGCCCAUCAAGCGGAUAAUCUGGGACUUUGACGAGCAGGCAAAAGUGAUCCACAAUGAAACUGCGGCCAUCGACGAAGAAGUCAAACCAAUUGAGAAAGAGGUGUCCGGAGACGUGCGUGAAGAGAGGGCGCUCGAAGCGGACGCCGAGUACGUGGACAAGGUAUCCGACAACGAUCCGCGCUCGAAGUUGGUGAGAGAGAAAUACGAGGAGCUCAAGAAGGAGCUCCAGAGCGAUGACCAGUUCGAGGCCGACUACGCCAAGAAGCUAGAGCUGCGAUGCGAAGGCAUUUUCUCUCAAGGAGUCAGGGCUUGCCGGAAUGCGUUCAAGUCGGCCGAGACGCGCUGUUUCGAGGCUCUGUCUAUCCUUGGCUACCUGUUCUGCUGGCCGAUGAAGCUGACUCUCCUGUGUCACGUUGUCAGCACCUUCCUUGGCAAGAGAACCUGUGACGGCCUGGAACCCAUCAACGCGGGUUUCGGCCAGAGCAUCUCCGCCAUGGAGGCCGUCAAACGGGAAUUCGACGCCAACUUUAAGGUCAACGUGCAGUACAAGCUGAUAACUCCUGAGGAUGCGAUCAACGUCAUCAGCCCAGAAGACCUGGCCAAGGGCGUGCAGGCCGAGUUCGAAAAUCGACACAAAGCCAUUCCUCUUAUUGCCGUUGCUCUCAGUCGACUAUUCGCCGUCGUUCUUCUUUCGGCCAUCUUAGAGGCCAAGGGUUAUGUUGACAGCUACCUGGGAGACAUGGCAUUUGACAACAUUUAUGUCACCGCAUAUUUCUGCAAGAUCGACACCAGGCGAGAACGAAAG